UCAGUCUAUGGCCGGCUCUCGUCGAGAUAGCUUCUAUAAUCUGGUGCAUAAUGUCUGAAACUGAGGAUGCUUCAAUCCUCGGUGGUAAUCUGACAGCUGUCGAAGCUAUCUCGGCGAAAUUAGCGGAAGUAACGCGUCUCGCGGAAAAACUGGAUGCGAGACUAUGCGAAGCUGGAGCUAAAACUCGACCAAUGUCUAUUCCUACCGUUGUGACAUCCUCUGCUUCGUCCUUGCUCUCGAUAUCUGCUAUGUCGCCGUUAAGCGUGCCCAUACAUACGGAUUCUACCACGACUGCAUUGACGUCUGGUAUGACAGCUUCAGCCGCAUCUGUAAUUCCUCAAAUGCAUCCAAUAACUUUGGAAACUGUAGCUACAAGAAUCAAAUCUGAUGCAAUUAAAUCCAUUACUUCUACGGCGGAAAAAUUUGAUGGAAGUUUACCUCAUAUCCGACCGUAUUCUGUGGAAGACGUUGAAACAUUGAAUAAAGAUUUUAAUACUAAGGAAUUGAUCGAAAAUUCUCAUAGCGAAAGCGCAACAGGAGAAUACAACAUGGAAGGUUAUACAACAGCGACCGAAUGUUCAAUAACUCCACCUCCGCGUUCGAGAAGCGAAUCUUUCGUAACAUCGCCGGAAUGCGAAGAUCUUUCUAUCAUUACACCCAUAGUAACAUGUUCUGGUUACACUUGGUUGGCCAUGGAAAAGCCUAAAUUAACAAAUAUUGCACCCCUUAUUUUUACUCCGAACAAUGAAAACCAAAAAUUUGCUGAAGCAACAUCAAAUAUUUCCACUAUCAGCGGAAUAAAACCAACGGCACGAAUGGAAACAAUGGACAAAAUUAUUAAUGAAAAGUCGAACAGAAUUGUAAAAGAAGUUACCGAAACAACUGUUUUGCGUGUAUCACAUGAUAUCCGUUUAGGCGUAGCCUCUUAUAAAGUGAUAUCAAAUACCACACAAGAUCACCGGCAACAUAUUGAUGUGAAAGAUAUCCAAAAUGUAGAACGUGUGCUAGAGACAGAAUCACGUGAAAAAACGGAUGGUAUUUACCAUCAUCUCGAUUUAUCUCCGUUUAAAGAAUCUAAAAAUUAUAUGGGCAAAAAUUUAAAAAAGGUUCAAUCAGAUCAAAAUAUUGCAACGAAACUUACGAAAAAUCGAGAACAUAUGCUGAAUGAAAGCACGUGCUCUAAUUUGAAAGAGUACGAUGGUGAACCAUUGUCUUCACAAGAUCUUUUACAACAUCACGAGGAUAGCGGAAUUGAAAUAUCACCGAUAAAGAAGGAUGAUAAUUCGGAAGAUUUUCUUGAAAAAGCGAGGAAGAGCGGCGAAUGGCUAAAACUGAAAAUACUCGAGUUACAACCAGAAUUAACGAAACUUGGUGCUUCCGUAAAGGAAGCCACGGAACUCUCAAACGCGCACGAUCAAGUGUUACUUCGAUUACAGAAUAAACAAAGCCCGGUGGAAGAAUUAUUGCGACAAGCUGAUCAAUUAAUCGCGACUCAGAGACCAAGAGCAGAAGUAUACACUGCCAUGGCGGAGACGUUAGGUCAGGCAUGGCGUGAUGUAAAUCAACUUUUAGAACGUCGUAAGGAGAUACUCGACCGAAAUGUAUUAUUUCAAUGUCGCGCGGCAGAAUGUAGAGAAAGUAUGGAGGCGUUGGAAAUGGCAUGUAACGACACGUUACUACCGAUCGAGAUAGAAGCAGUAAAAAGUUUUCUAUCGAAGAUCCAGGAUCUUCGCAAAGAUAUGUUGGAAGCGUUGAUGGGUGCGUUGCGAGAGGGUAAGGCAUUAUUGGAUGGACUCAAGGAAUUGAUGAACGAAGGCACUUUAGAUUCUAGGCCGGAUACGAUUAAAGAUGAAGCCAAUUAUGCUGUGUUGCGAGUUGAAAAAUGGCUGGAAGAACUUCACGAUAGAAGACGGCUGAUCGAGACAUCUUUUCGUAACAGAAAGACUCAAUUGGAGCAAUGUCUUGCUCUCGCGCUGCUCGCGACUGAUCUUCGUGAUCUCGAGGAAAUUCUCAAUGACAGAAUCGCUGCAUUGGAGGGUAGUUGCGAUCAAUUGGGAGAUUCUGUAUCUAACGUAGAGCUGCUUCUUUUUGAAUUAAAAAAGUUGCAAGUCGAAGCAAAGGAGUUUCAAGAUAAGGCCAUUAAAAUAACCAAAUCGACCGAACGAUUAGUGUCAUCGGGACACUUUGCAGGCGAACAAGCGACCGAACAGGCAUAUGCGAUUCUUAGCACCGCUGCCGAUUAUAUCAACGAUUUAGAUCAAUACAAUAUGUUGUUAAAUAGGUCAAUAGCCUUUUUCGAUUGUGCACAAUCGGCUAUCACAAAACUGGACCAGCUGGAAAUUGAGUUGAUGGCAACUGAGUAUCCUUCUUAUUCUGCUCGACUCGCACGUUUUCAUGCGGAGACCGUGGCUGCGAUAGAAGACAUAACUUCAAAGCCAUUGUCAGAAGGAUAUACGCUGCUAGAUAUCACGAGAAGAGAAGCGCCUGGUGCCGAGGGUGUAAGAAAUACUAUAGAAAAAUUGGAGAAUCGCAAACUUUGUUUGAUGGAACAAUGUACGGCUCAUAAAGAAGAAAAUUUGGAGGUGUCGAGAAUACUCGCUACAUUUUUAGAUAAGCACGACGUAUUACAAGCUUGGCUAACUAAUACUGCCAAAGUCUUUCUUCAAAAACAUCAAGAUAUGGGCAGAGAUUUGGCAAUGGCAUGCGAUUUUCGUCGAGUUCAUUGUCAAUUGCUAGCUGAAUUGGAAAAUAAAAGUGAGGAAGUAGAUCAUUUAGAAUUGGAAAUUCUUCCAAUCAUAGAACGCCUGGACGAAAUACAGAAAUACGAAUUACAAUUAAAAAUAAAAAAUCUUCAAGACGAAUGGACGAAAACAAAGAUUGCAAUGGUAAAGAGAAUCGAAUUGGGUAUCAUUUAUAUACAGUUUUAUGAGAUUGUGGAAAAAUUGACUCAUGAAAUGGAUUCUAUCGAUAACGAAUUGAAAAAUCAUGAUAAUGUAUUGGAUGAGGCUAUAUUUAGUGAACUAGAAAAAAGAUGGAAAUCUGUUGAAUCUUUUUACAAAAAAGUCGAUCAUCAUGCGAAAGCAUUUCUCAAUGAAGCAAACAAUAUUGAUGACUGUUAUCUCGAUGUAUCGCAAGCUUGUCUGUGUGUUCAAACUCUUCUAGAAAAGUUUGCCAAUCGACAAUUGGUUAUGACAGAGUUAUGGAAAAAAUUGCAGACUACUGUCCAAAUAAUGAGACAAAGGCAAAUGGAAUGUGAUCAAAAAGUAGAAGAAUGUACAAAGACAUUAGCGUGGAUUACAAAACUUGAGACAACGUUGUAUCCAGUGAUAACAAUACGAUCUUCCAGAAUAAUUGAUAUUUUGGAUAAUUUGGAAGAUGUAAGAAAACGGGUUCUAUCGGAAUUGAACAAAGCUCUUGAACAACUGGAUGCUCGAAUCAAAUGCAUUCAAGUAUUUGUUGAGAGAGGUGAAGCUAAAGCAGUCGAGCAAAUCUCAGAGAGACUUGUGCAAAUGCAUGAAAAGGUGAACACUAUCGUCAAUGAUUACGAGAUAUUAUUAGAAUCUUUAAUUUCUAUCUUUAAGUAUCUCGAGGAGAUCGAGCGUAAAAUUGAAGAAGCAAAGCAAGAAGCUGAACGUGCAUCAAGUUCUACAAAGUUGAUUGAUGUAAAUGGUUCAUUAAACAAAUUUGAAACAUUAAAGACAUUUAUUACGGAAUCUUUACUACGAGUACGUGCAAAAUCUGAAACAAUAAUCGACAAUAUCAGACUACAGGAGCCGCUAGAAUCAGCAACACAAGAUAUCGAGAAACUAAAACGCACGAUAGACUCCACGAGGAUCAAAUUCGAAUCGUUCCAAACCGAAACGUCAAGUUGUCUCGAAAAACAUCGACGUCUUUGCAUUUUUAGAGAAGACAUUGAAAAGAUUAAUUCGGAUCUACGUGAAUUACACGAACAACUAAAAAAUAUGGAUGGAAAAAUUGGUGACAAUUUAUCGGUAUCGAAAGCGACACUGGCUGCCUUUGAACAGUUUGAACAAACGAUAACGAUUUUGGAAGAAAGAAUUGAGACUUUUGUAAGAAAAACAGAAGAAACAAUUGUUCCAUUAACUCCACAAGUGACGGAUGAAAUUUUAUCUCUGCGAAACAGAUGGGAUCAUCUGAUGAAAUACGUUAGGGAUAUUAAGAAGAGAAUGAAUUUAAGUAUUGACUAUUUCGUACUCUUGGAAGAAGCCAAACAGUGGUUUAGGGAAGGUAGCAAACUUUUAGUAAUUGUUGCACGUAAGGCAACAACCGUAAAAGUGCCUGCAGAAGCCAUCGACUUACUGCGAGAGAUUGAUGCUUAUAUAAAGCCUGGCGAAGAGCAGCAGGAGAAGAGAAUUGAGAAGCUGAAACAAUUAUCGACAAUAGUUUUCGGUACAGACAGACUUCCGCAAUUCAACGAGGUGGUAGUAGAGAAUCGGCAAAUGUUGGAUUCCUUCGUAGUCAUUUCUUCCGAGUUGCGUACCUUGAGUCAAAAUUUACAGAAUGCUGAACAACUCCGAGAGAAACUGCGAAUCGAGAAGCUAGAAGCUGAUAAGAAGCUACAAGCUGCUAAAAUAGAGAUGGCCGCGGCGGAAGCUGCAAAGACGGAAGCGGAAAACGCGAAAAAACUUGCGGAACAGCUUGCUGCUGAGACUUUAGAUAAAGCUGCGAUGGAAGCGAAAAAAUUAAAAGAGGCAGAAGCACGAAAAAUUGUUCUCCCCUGCAGUUCUCAUUCCGUCUCCGCCCAAACUGAUCAAACCAUAAUUGAAGAGACAAUUACUUCCGCCGUGACAACGAAAGAAAUUCAUAUUCUUCAAAAGACGGAAGUCGAGAAAAGUGUUCCGGUUAUUCAGAAGGAAAUUAGCCCACCAAGGAAGCUCGUAUCUGAGGAGAUACGCGACGAAUAUGCUAAAGAAGCACAAACAGAAGACAAAAUCGUCUCAUUAGCUCCAGCAGAAUUCACAGUUCCUUUGAGUGAUGCGACAGUUCAAGAAGGCAAAGAAUUUAGUUUUGAAUGCCAUUUAAUUGGUCAGCCAAUACCAGAAAUAGUAUGGUACAAAGAUGGAAUAUCGAUUUUGAAUAAUCCAGACUAUUUAACAACUUAUGUAAACGGCGUUUGUACUUUAAAAAUAGAAGAGACAUUUGCUGAGGAUUCUGCCAAAUACACUUGCCGGGCGUUUAAUAUUCAUGGCUCUGUCGAAACAUCGGCCACUCUCACUGUCAAAGAAAUUAUCACGGAAGAACAACCAAAUGCCCCCGUUUUCCUGAAAGAAUUGCAGCCCUCUUUUGCGAGGGAAGGAUGCUGUCAUAAAUUAGAGUGCACUGUUAAAGGAAAUCCUCUCCCAACGGUCCAAUGGUACAAAAAUGAUGUCAACAUCGAUAAUUCGCCAGACUAUGUUAUUACUUUCAAUAAUGGAGAAGCUGUUUUGAAGUUUGACGAAGUUUUCUUGGAAGACAAAGCUUCGUAUACCUGUAAAGCAACAAAUCAAUGGGGACAGUCGUCUACUACUGCUUCUUUAGACGUGAAACCCGCGCAAAUUUCCGCAAAGAAACCAUAUUUCGUGGUACCGUUAUCAAAUAUUAUGGCCAGGGCAGGGCAAAGAGUGAAAUUAGAAUGCGAGGCUAAUGGAGAUCCAGUUCCCGAAUUAAUUUGGACUCACGAUGGAAAGCUAAUUGAAGAAAGCAAAUAUCAUAAAAUUGAAACGGACGGUGCUCGAACAUGCCUGAUCAUUACGGAAGCUUUUCCGAAAGAUGCCGGAUCUUACACGGUGACUGCCAGUAAUGAAAUCGGAAAAGCCACCGCAGCUUGUACCGUUUCUGUGAAAGGACGUUUGCUCCAUGAAACCAGCGAAUCCGAUUUUGUUUGUAGCGACACAGAACCAAUAGUCCCGAAAUUUCAGUUACCUCUGCAGGAUCUUAAAAUUCAAGAAGGACAAUCAACUAGGCUAGAUUGCGUGAUUGUAGGUCAACCUGAACCGGAGGUAAUUUGGUACCACGAUGAACAACCUGUAAAAGAGUCGUCAGACUUCCAAUUACUCUUCCAAGGUGAUCGGUGUUCAUUAAUUAUUCAUGAAGCUUUCUUGGAUGACGCCGGUGUUUAUAAAGUAGUUGCUAUUAAUUCUGGUGGUGAAGCUUCUAGUCAGUGUACAUUAACAAUUACGCCGGCAUCUCACAUCUCGGACGUAAUCGAUCGAGUGAAGGAAAAGGACGAAACCCUCACCAGUGCAGGUUUCGUGCCCAAGUUCGUGAAACUUCCUACGGAUUUGCUGGUGGCUGAAGGCGAAAAUGCAAUUUUCGAAUGUGUCGUAAUUGGAGAACCUAAACCUGAUUUAAGAUGGUAUUCAGAUGACGGUGAAAUGAUUCAUAAUGAAAGGAUUUUGAUUGGAGAAAGAAAAGAUGGAACAGCCUUUUUACAAAUUUCAUCAACGAUACCGGAAGAUAAGAGCAAUUACGUGGCGAAAGCCAUAAACAUACAUGGCGAAGCAAAAGCUUUCGCCAGAUUGGUUGUGAAAUCGCUUGGUGAUUUUAAAAGGAACGAAGAAUUUAUCCAGAUGGAAGAAAAACUGAUUCAACCAACAUUUAAAGAAACGUUUCAGGACAGAAAAGUACUCGAAGGAGUUUCAACAAAAUUCGAAUGCAUCGUCGCUGGUAAACCUUCUCCUAAGAUUCAUUGGUUGUUUAAUGAACGGCCAGUUCAUGGGAAAGAUUUUCUGGUUUCCGUUAGCGGGGAUCGACAAGUUCUGACAAUUCCUGUGGUCGGAGACGCACAUGUCGGUACUAUCUCUUGCGUAGCGGAAAACGCGGCUGGUAGAGCGGUUUGUAGUGCUAAAGUAGAAAUUGAUAGUGGAUCAGUGAGGCCGGCUGCAAGUGAAGUAAAAAAAGUGCUCGAGUUAGUUCCUACAGGCAUUAUGCAUCCUGCAAGCAGUAGCGAUAAACGCUUUCUAAGCGAGAAAACAUGUCACGAAGGUGGUGGUGAGAGUCAAGUGUUAACCAAAAUGUCAUCAACUGUCACACAUUCUUCAACAAUGUCUACAAAAAAAGAAUUCUUAUCAUCCACUGUGACUUCCACUUCAUCGCAAUCUGGACACGAACCUACUAGCGUUUGCACAAAAACAACUGUGCAAAGUUCCGAACAGUCUACUUCAGAAAACGGAGCACCACCUAUCGUACAAUCUCAAAAGAUCGAGGAGUAUGAAAAAAUUAUACAAGAGCAGCCUGGAGAGAUGAGACAAGAGAAAACCGUUCUCGUGUCUGCAGAAACGGAAGGUGUAAAACACGAUGUUAAGGCAAAUCAAGUUCAAAAACCAUCUCGAAAACUGGUAGCACCAAGAUUCAUUUCACCGAUUACAGGAAUGAUUGUCGAUCAAGGAACUGAUGUAGUUCUCGAAGGUAUCAUUGAUGGUUUUCCACCACCGACGAUUCUAUGGUCAAAGAACGGUCAAGAACUGACAUUGAAAGAUAAUAUAAAAACUAGUUAUGCUCACAGUCACGUAAAAUUGGAAUUGAAGAAUGUCAAUGUGAAAGAUGCUGGACGUUAUACCUGCAAAGUGAGCAAUGACGUUGGAAGUGCUAGUAGCACGGCUGACUUGGUCGUUAAAAAAACAAUAUUUCCUCCGGUUUUCGGCAAGCGUCUCAAGGCCCAAGUAGCAAAGAAAGGAGAUCGUGUUAUUAUGGAGGUAGAAAUUACUGGUAUUCCUGAACCCACAGUCAGUUGGUAUAAAAACGAUGUGCCGAUCAAUGAACAAUCACCAAACUUGAAAAUUAUUCAACAAGGAAAUUGCUACGCGCUACUUAUGGACAAAGUCAAAGAAGAAGAUGCUGGCAAAUACAUGGUACGAGCGACAAACGCCGGUGGCGAAGCGCAGAGUAUCGCUGAUAUCGCGGUUUUCGAACCGAAGCCUGAUACUAUGGUCGAGGUGCAUAAGACUGUCAUUUACGAAAACAUUCAGGAUAAAAGUGCCGUCCAGUCUGAGGGAAAAAGAGAAGAGAUGUCAUCAGGCAUUUCAACGAGCGAACAAACACCAACGACAGCGGUCCGACAGUGGCAGUUAGUCGGAUUGCCCAAACCUAUUACAACAUUGGCAUCGACUGCAAACGACAUUGUGCAAAAGAUCGACGAACCAGAAAUAAAGACUAGUAAAUCGGAAACGAUUUCAUCUAUAAUUGAAUCCCAUAAAACCGAAACGAAGUCAGAACAGAAGUUCCAUAUGAAACUGGAACAUAAAACUCCAUCCAUCGUGGAUUCCAAACCUCGAACCGAGCAAACGAUCGCGACAAAGGAAAUCGACCGUGACAAAACAGAUGUUACGAAGCCGUUAAUGAAAACGGAAGAAAGAUUAACGAUCGAUAAUGAAAACGUAGAGACUUCUACGAUCGCAAAAAAAGAUGCAUUGAGCUUCUUCGAGUCCAUUACGAAGGAAAGUGAGAUAAUGCCAAAAGGGCCAAAGGAAAUGAUUAAGCUGACAGAAGACGGACAAAUUCAAGAAGCGAAAGUUGGAAAGUUAACCAAAAAUUAUGAACGAGCAACUGUUUGUCAAGAAGCGAAGAAACCGGAAGCAAAACCGUCAGAGUUCCAAAUAGCAAAGAAAGCUGCCAAGGAUAUUUUUACCAAGUUAGAACAAGGAUCGUCGUCUCGCGGAGUGGAAAAUAAACUAUUUGAAUUUCCAUACGAGACUCCUAAGCUGCCCUCAAUGGAGGUACAAGAAACUGUAGAGAAAAUGAUAGUUUCUGAUUCGUCCAUUUCGGAAAUUCAGACCAAGAGUUCUGAAACGAUGAUGAAAAGUUUCGAUCUAGUGCCGGAACCACCUCCCGAGAUAUGCUAUAUGCCAAAACCGGAAGAGAUGAAAAAAAAACGACCCGAUGUAUUCGUCAAAGCAAAACAGCUUCAGGAAUCUUUUGAUAAGACACUCUCUCCGAUAGAUGCUCCAAUCGGAGGUGUAAAGAUCUUUCCUACGUCUAUUCCUACAUCAAAAGUACCAGAACCUGUCAAAGUCGCGGAACCUAUUCUGGCAUUUACGAUACCACCGCCAUUUGAACUUGAGAAGAAAAAAACAAGCGUAGAGACAUUUGAAGAGACACGCGUAAAGAAAGAUGCAUACGAGAAGAAGGAAAGCAAAUAUUUUAAAGAAGAAAAGAUAGAACCAUCGAAAUGCACUUCAACGUCUAUUUUGAGAAGUACUUCUCCUAUCAGACCGUGGUCAUCAUCAUCGGAUGUCGAAACCAAAUCGCACGUGUCUACGGACCUAUCAGAAUAUAGAUGUCAUUCGGCUGCUUCGAGUCAUCAAGAGAUUUUGAGAUCUACGUCGCCAAAACCAUCUGCAGACGCACUGGCGAUGGAAAAAUCCUGGGCGAAAAAAUACGCAGAUUCAAAUAGAAAAUCGUGGCCACCGCAAACCAGACCUACUCAAAAGUACGAAUGGAGUAUUCCUGUUGAUGAAUACAAAAGCUCUUCGAGAGAAUUUGAGCAGAAGAUUGAGGAAACACCGCAAGGCGGAAUAAAGAAGAUUAGUACGGAAUCGUCCGCCAAUGUAGAAAAACACUCGUGGUGCAGCAAAGAAAAGUUCACUGAAAAGAUAGUGGAAGCACCUCCGUCUACGUCUAAACUAGGCCCGAUAAUCUAUAACGCCGAGACGAUUAAAGUCGAUCAUACUGUAAAUACUGUGCAAGAGAAGGCUUUGUUCGAAAAAUACACUACUGAAUGUAACAUGGAAAAAGCUGAAACAAUACAGAAAUUUGAAGAUUUCAGCUCAAAACGUUGGACAGAAGACAAAGAGUUGAAAGCACCUAGUUUGGUAAAGAAGGUCAGCCUCGUGCCAGCCUCGAAAUCGCUCGCAACAUCACAUCGUCUUAUGGAGCCAGCAGUGGACUCGAUCGUUUUCGAGCCAGGAUCUCCUCCGGAGAUUGGAUAUAUUCCACCACCCGUUGCAAAAGAAAAAACUGUAUUGCAACAUAUCACGAAAGUAGAAAAGAAAGUAGAAGAACCACCCAUGCUUCCACCGAAAGAUGUACGCGUUACACCGCCGCCUAUUCCAGCGAAAAAACCUAUCAAAUUCUCGACACCAAUUCCGUCAAAGUUCAUUAAAGGUGCCUUUAGCCAUGAAAGUGAUUACGAGUCCGAUUUCGACAGCCGCCCGAAACCAAAAUGGAGACCUUAUGAGAGCGAUAACGAAGAACCGCAUUAUCGAAAGGUCGAAGCACCUGUUCCGAAACAGCCGAGGCCAAGGUCCACCGAACCCGAGCCACUUCCACCUUCCAAGUUUGAGACUCCUGCACAAUUUACAGGACCAUCCAAAUCACUUAUUACCACGGAAACUUCCGAGAAAACAGCGAGAAAAAUGACAUUUAAACGACACGAAAGAGAAUUCAAACAACAACAGCAAAGUCCGAUUCCUUUAAAACCCGGUUCUCCACCGAUUUACGUACAGACGAGCACGAAGAGUUCCGCGCCAAAAUCUCCUUCUAUCAAAAAACCGGAAUCUCCGAAGUUCAAAACAAAAGUUUUUCAGCAAGAAAGCGGUUAUAUGGCGGACACUGAUGAGCCAUUCCAGCAGAAGACUUCAUCCAUGACGACGCAAAAAUUUCUUGGAAAACGCGACGGCCCCUCGACAAUGGUUCACACAGAAAGUCGUACUAUGUGCACUGAGAGUCGAACAAAAUCCUUUGAAAGUCAUAGUUACGGCGAAAGUGGCCAUUUACGAAAAGAAGAAACUUCCUUUGUUUCACCACCUAUUUGUAGUAUACAGACGACUCCCAAAGCUGUUCAACAACAACGUAGCUCGUUCGAGAAGAACUAUGCGUCAACAACUAGCAGUAGCCUGAGCAAAUUCGAUUCCAUGAAGGAGACGGGAUACUCCAUAAACCAAUUGCACAGAAAGUUGGAACCAGCGGAAAAAAUUCCGUCAACCUCUCCGGGUCCUUCGAAAUUAGUGAAGGGUGACUUCCGCGAGAGCGACUACGAGAGUGAUUAUGAUGGCAGAACAUCGUCAUGCCGAACGGGUAGCUCCACGAAAUUUAGUGUUGCUGAUUCAGGGAAACCAAUGGAGUCGAGUUCGCCUCGCAAGCAUACAGUAGUGAUACCGACAAAACCAAAAACGGUUCUCUUACCUGGCUCUCCGCCGGAAAUCGCUUAUGCGCCACCUCAACCGCAGCAACAAUUUUACGAAGCACAUACAAGCAUGCCGUUUACAAAUGCGAUGGGCACAGAGACGAAGAAAACCGUGAGAAUGGACGAGUCAACGGAGAAUGCUAGAAGGAUUGUUACUGUUGAGCAAACAAGUCGCAUCAUUAAGUUCGGUGACACCAAUGCCACACCUGUCCAGAAACAGCAAACGGUUAAUUAUUAUGUACCUAAACCGAAAAAAUUUGUGCAAGGACAAUUCCGGGAAUCUGAUUACGAGAGCGAUGUAGAUUCAAGCAGAAUUCGACCAAAAUGGGCUCCAGCUGAUAGUGACACAGAGGAACCAUAUUACCGAAGAGUUCAACCACCCACGGGAAGAAGUCCAAGAUCUUUGAGUGCACCAGUUAGACAGACACACAUCGCAUCGCCGAUGGAGUUCGAUACCGGUCCUCCGACAACGUCAUUGAUGCAUAUUUGCAAAGAAGAUACAGAUAAAAAGAUCAAUUUCCAAAAAUAUCAGCAGCAUACAACUUCCGGAAAGAUUGGCAAUGUUUUGCAGCCUGGUGCACCACCUGAAUACGGAUUCAUCUCGAGAAGCGAUGUAAAAAGAGCAGCGGGCCACAUCGCGUCACGUCAUAUGCGUGAUAUGACAAGCAGCUUCAAAUCAAAAACCGAAAAGUUUGUGAGCGGUAUCCAAUCGGAUUUGAAACAGGGUAAGCCGAUUUUGAAGCAUCCUAACGACUCCAAGAUAACCGAUAGUGACGAGCCAAGAACUUAUAGAGAAGAGUCGCGAGUCUCCGAACACGGAACAAAACAAAUUGAUCCGGAUACUGGACUCAUAUACUUCAAGUACGAUUUUGGUUACGAAUUCGGUAUCGUUUUACCUGGCGAGGGUAAAAAGACGAUUGAACGUAGCAAGAAGAGCAUUCAAGGACAGAGACGUUCCAGCGAUAUAGAAGUGCCUAUAAUCCACGAGUUCACUGAAAAGAAAGCGAAUGGUUUUAUGAAAAAAGCAACAUUUCUGAACCGCCAAAACAAGAUAGGAAAUAAAUUCGGAAACUCAAAAACUGUCAAAUGGGAGCCGACAUCGGAAAGCGAAUUUUCUGAAGCUGAAGACACAAAGAAUCGCAAUAAAAAGCAAUCGAAUAAGGGAGAUAUAGAAAACUCGAUGAUGCCUCCAAGUCUCGUCAUACCUAGCUCUGUAUCACCGUCAAGAUGGGAUCGCACAACGCCCAGUCCGCUUUCUCUUAGUCCAAGCCUGCCAAGCCUCUCUCCAAGACAGAGUAGCGCUACUGGACCACCUAGCAACGUGGAUUCUGCAGGUUCACCGUGGCCGAUUAGCAACGGAGUAUCAUCAAGUAAAGAAAUAAUUCAGCCUUAUCUCGAAAUAUUACCGAAGAAGUCUCCUUCAUUCAUUACGCCACUAAAAGAUAUCGCGGUAGUAAGCGGACAGCCAGCCAGAUUCGAGUGUAUCGUUCAAGCUGAACCACAGCCCAAUAUUCUUUGGUCAAAAGACCGUAGAAUCGUCGAAAAUUCUAAGAGCCACGAAGUCCAAUAUAGAAACGGUGUUUGUCGUCUUACCAUAAUGAGAGCUUUGCCCGAGGAUGCUGGGACUUAUGCAUGUACGGCAACGAAUAGUUUAGGUUCCACCGUAACUUCUGCCAACUUGGAGGUUCCAGGUAAUAGACGAUCUAUAUAUGCUCCUAUUUCGUAAGAAUCUGGUAAGAAGAGAGACAAAUAAAUGUAAAGGUGGUGGAACAUUUCAUUCUUAACUUGGCGGUCUGCUGAUGCCGGAGAUUUGCAUCGUAUCGUAUUAUUCGAUUAUUAUUUACCCAGGCCACAAACUAAUAUGAUGAAGGAAAUAAUUACAUAUAAUGCUCGACACACUGUAUUUUCUACGCGAGAAAAAAUUUUUACAAAUUUUUAACAAACUAAAAAUAAGCGAAUAAUUCGAUGUCAAAAUGGCUCUUCUGGUAUGGCUCUUGCUUCUUGUCGGGGAUAAACAACAAUUUUUGUCGUAAUAUAUAAAGAAAUAAAAAUAAGUGAUACUACUAAUCAUGCUAAAGGAUAGAACAAAAAUGGAUCGACAUCGUCUCAAUGAGCAUAAUUAUUUCUAUUGCAUUUUAUUCAAAUGUUCAAAUUAACGUUUUGACAAAAGCUAGUCAACACUAAAUCGAGCUAGUCAAUAUUAUAACGAGCGGAUAACGAAAGAAACGCAAUAAAAAACGCAAAGACCUUCUUAUUAAUUGUGCCAUUGGACAAGUUAAGAAAAGUUUUUCUUGCAUACUUUAUUUCUUCUCUGUCUAACGUCUUAUCUGUUUCAAGUAUUGACUUUCUAAAUAUUAAAAUAUUAUAUUUUCGACUUAUCUUUAAGUAUACUAAUUAUUUCUUGCCAACAUUGUUACAACAAUAUUAGAAUUACAAGAUUUUUUUCGUAAAACUAACUUUGUCGAAGGUAAUGAUUAAAAAUAAAGCAUUUUAUAAAAUAGAAAAUAAAAGCAAUUUCCUGUUUCAAUCCAAAGAUUAAUAUUAAGAUUAUUUUACUUAUAUUAAAUUACUCUAUUUAUGCAUCAUGUGCGUGAUAUUGUUGGAACUAGUCAUAUUACCUAAAAACAUUAUGAUAAGAGAAAGUUACUUAUUGUUAAAUGGUAAAUAAAUGCAAUAAGAAUACUCAAUCAUUCUAGAUGAGGCUUCUUAUUUUGUAGUUCUUACAAGUUUCUAUGUCAAUUGUUUUUGCUUAAACAGAGAAGUUGAUAUUUUAUAGCUAGACGGAAUAUGGGAUCUGUUACGGGGCAUGUACGGCCUAUGCUAUAAAUCGCUAUGCUAUUAGCUCCUUGCGUCAAUAGUUGGCAGAGAUAAUUUACGCAUUUAGCAUGUUCAAACAAUACAGUCACAAAAAAAAA